AAAAGUCGAUAGUAAGCUUGAUUUUGUGCGUGAGUUGCUUCGUUCCUAUGACUACCUUCUUCAAAUCUACUUCUUCAUCCACGAGAUCGCGCAGAUUUCCCACAACGGUAUCAAGCCAGACAAUCUCGCGAUGCAUUCCAGCUUAUGAGUAGGUUACUUAGCUUACCCUCGAAGGGCACACGUUGUUCUUUCUCGUUUCAUUCUACCUAUGUGAACUAGACCAGGAGGCCGUCCGCGCAGAAAAUGCCGGCUGUGCUCUAGAUUGAUUUUAGCCCUUCGACGGUGUCGCUUAAUCAUCUUCAUUCUUCACGCGUGAUCAAAAUGCGCUGCCGCUGAUCUUCGACUUCGGUGUAUCAAAGUGGAGCUGGGAAGACGACCAGAAAGCAGUUGGGACUUAUGGGUACUUUGACCCGUACGAGUUACACGCGGACAAAUCUUUAAGGACGUCAGUGCCUCCUCUGUGCUAGUCUCAGUAAGGCAGCCCUUUUCUUGAAGAUUGAGACGGCGCUGGUAGGAUGUCACUUCUUGGCGUUUCUAAUUAGUACAGGGCCAGCGGACUGGCUGAAGGGCAAGCGCCGACACUCUUAUCGCUCUGAUGAGUGGUCCUUAGCCAUGACAUUCGCCAAGCCCGUGGCGCCUCUUGUUGUGUCCAGCAUCAUAGCCAGGGCUAAGGAACAAGCAUUAGCCGCGAGCAAGAAAAUCAGAGCGAAGCCGAAGCCUGGCGCGAAGCCCGUGUCGCCUGG